CCAAAAAAAAAAAAAAUGUAUCCAAAACAUAUUAUUAUUUUCUUCAUUUUUAGCUUCUUCCUAUGUUACUUUCAAGCUGCAGUGGCUUCCGAUCCCGACACCCUCCAAGAUUAUUGCGUGCCCGACACCAAACAUUAUGGGACCUUACAAACGUCUAGGAUCGACACCUUGCCAUGCAAGAAACCGAAGGAAGUGACGCCGGAGGAUUUCGUGUUUUCCGGCGCGGCGAAGUGCUCGGAGAAUUUCUCCGACACAGGGCUCGCGGCCGUUUAUGGGAACCCGACGGUGUUCCCGGGGCUGAACACGCUGGGGAUGUCGUUGGUGCGCGCGGACUUGAAGGCCGGCGGCAUAAACCCGCCGCACUACCACGGCAGGGCGACAGAAAUAGCGUACGUGGUACGAGGGAGAGUGUAUUCCGGGUUCGUGGACGGCGCGAAUCGCGUGUUCGCGAAGGUGAUCGAGGAAGGAGAGGUUAUGGUGUUCCCGAGAGGGCUGGUGCAUUUCCAGAUGAACGUGGGGAAGACGACCGCCACGGUGUUUGGGUGUUUCAACAGCCAGAAUCCCGGGGUUCAGAAGAUUCCGGCGACGAUGUUUGGUUCUGGGGUUAACGAUGAGCUUCUGGAGAAGGCGUUUGGGUUGAGCAUUGCCCAGAUUUCCAAGAUUAGGAAGAGGUUUUUCCCUAAGAAGCAUGGUUAAUUAAGUAUGUAGAUGGCUAGCUUUAAUAUCUUGAAUUGGUUAUAUUUUUCAGCAACUUAAUUUCUACUUAUGUAUCAUGCAUUCUGCUCCUUGCCAAGGACCUUCCUUGAAUUGGUUUAGAGAAUAAUUUAUCAAAGCAUUUUUAAAUUUGUUCUUCCA